AUGAACACAAAACUCAAGGACCUUUCGCUGCUGGACGCCUCGGACUUCCUAAAGGCGCCCGGCAGUCUCGAUACAUCGGACAACGAGUCGUUUGACGUUAUGGACCCAGGCUCAGGAAUGCCGAUAUGCUGCUUGAAGGCGUCCAACCUCAAGGACGUCGAGCAGGCCAUCCAGGCGGCAAGCCAAGCUUUUGCUGCAUACUCUGCUAUUCCAGCCAGGGAGCGAGCCAUGAUGCUGCUCAACUUUGAUCGCCUCGUUCGCGACAACCUCGAUGAUCUUGCAUGGAUUCUCGUCUACGAGACAGGCAAGCCUUUCGAAGAAGCGAGAGGAGAGGUGCAGUACGCGCUCACUUUCAGCUGGUGGUACGUCGGCGAGACGGAGCGAGUGCAGGGCCAAGUGAUCAAGAGCGCCACCAACCCCUCGCUGCGGUUCUUAAGCGUGCUUCAACCUAUUGGACCGGUGGCCAUCUUGACACCGUGGAACUUUCCUGUUGCGCUCUUCGUCCGCAAAGCUGUCAGCGCCCUUGCUGCCGGGUGCACCAUUGUUGCAAAACCAUCGCCCGAAACGCCUCUCUCAACACUAGCCGUCGCCAAUCUGUUGCGACGUGCUGGAUUCCCCGCUGGUUCAGUCAACAUUGUGCUCGCAUCUUAUCGCAACACUCCUGCGAUCGGUCAGGCGCUCUGCACCGACACGCGCAUCAAGAAGCUCAGCUUUACGGGCAGCACGCGCGUGGGUCGACUGCUGAUGCAGCAAUGCGCGCCCAGCCUUAAGAAGAUGACGCUUGAGCUGGGCGGAUUGGGCGCCUACCUGGUGUUUGAGGAUGCCGACGUCGAAGCAGCAGCCACAGCCCUUGUCGCCAACAAAUUGAGGCACGCCGGUCAGACGUGUAUCUCGGCGCAGAGGACAUUUGUUCACGAGUCUGUCCUCGAUCGGCUGCUAAAAAGCGUCGCCGAACAGCUGGACCGCGUGACGAUCGGACACGGUGCCGCUACAUCCACCACACUCGGACCGUUGCAGACUGAGCGCAGCCAGCAAAAGGCCCGCGAGCAUGUUCAAGAUGCUAAAGCCAAAGGUGCCACCGUCUACGUUUCGAAAGCCGCGGUGCCAAGCUCCGGCUACUUUGUCGCACCGACUCUGAUCGCAGGCUGCACCAAGGACAUGCUCGUGUUUCAGGAGGAGUCCUUUGCUCCGAUCAUCAGCGUAGCCAGCUUCAGCACCGAGCAGGAGGCGGUCGAGCUGGCCAACGACACCGAUAUGGGCCUCACGUCGUACGUUUUCACCAAGGACUCGGCGCGGCUGUGGCGCAUGUUUGAGCAGCUUAAGGCGGGCAAUGUCGGUCUCAACGUCGGUGGUAGCACCACGGCGGCCGAAAUUCCGUUUGGCGGCGUCGAUCAGUCAGGCUUUGGCAAGGAGGCCGGCAUCGGCGCUGGACUCAAGGAGUACAUGAUCGAAAAGUCGGCCACCAUGUCGAUAGCUUGA